UAUCACCUGCUUGCCGGUUCGUCUAUAACCGGUGGAGUAGCAUCGCCGACACUGACCUUCCUGCGCACCUACACCGCGUCGUAAGUUGGACCCUGCCCUGCACCUACCCACGUAUGUAAUGUACACAUACACCGGGUGACACUUCAGGAAGAGUGCUAAUCUACUAAUGGCUGUGCCUCGACCAAUCUGCAGCGAGAUCGAGCCUGGCCUGUCGGACAAUACCCCUGCAUCGGGCAAUGGAUGUUCCUGCUGCCAGGCCUGGCCGGCUUCCCUGAAUUUCCCUCGAUUCUGGACCUCGUACGACAACCACGAGAGGCAAUUGUGCUCGAUCUCGCGUGCGGACUUGGCCAGGACCUGCGGCUGCUGGCGGCCCACGCCGCCUACCCCGACGGCGUCCCGACGGCGCGCUGGUGGGCGGUUGACCUGGAACCCCGCCUGUGGGAACUAGGCUACGAGUUGUUCCGCGAUCGUGAUCGCAUGGCAGCACACUUUGUGGCCGGCGACUUCCGCACCCUCGAUAUCACCGCCGAAUCAUCGCCCCUGGCUCCGCUCCGCGGCAGCGUGGACCUGAUCAUCGCUAAUCAGUUCAUCCACCUGUUCGACCUGGCCGAUCAGCGGGAAGUAAUCCGGCGGAUCAUUGAGCUGUCACGCCCGGGCACGAGGGUGGUGGGGUACCAACAGGGCCGGCAACAGCCCCGCGAGGAUGUGCGACCCUGGGGCACGAUGUUCUUCCAUAAUCGCGACUCGUUCGUCGCGCUGUGGGAAUCAGUGCAGCGCGCAACUGCCACGGAAUGGACCAUGCAGGUGCGCGAGGUGGAUCUACGGCGGGAUUGGGGCUUGCAAGUGGAAGAUGUGGCCUGGAUGCCCGCGGAUCAAGGCGGCUUGGAGUUUGUGUUUGUACGUAUGAAUUAGCUACAAGCAGCUAGGAACCAAAGGAAAAACAGA